AUAGGAAUGUAAAUUCGUUCAACAGAAAAAGCUUUGUUCGUUUAACUCAUCGUCGCACCGGAAACCCAGACCCAAAAUCUCUUCACCGCCUUCGCCCACUAUUUCUUCCCAUCACAUAAACACCUGUCCUCAAUUCGUUUCGUUCCCAAAUUAGGGCAACUCAAUUGCAUUCGAAAUCCGGUUCCGCACUCUUCUUCUUCUUGCUCUUGCUUUCCUCGUUCCCUGAACUAAUCGUCAAUCUCAAACGAAUUCCACUCGUACCUGCACCAAUCACAAUCAACCAUCGCUUACAGCGACACUGAAAACCUCUCGUAAGGGUUGGAGUUUCGUAGUUUCGAGUGUUCCGAAUGGAUGUGGAGAGGGAGAGAUAUGAUCGGGACGACUCUCCGGUGAGGGAGCAGUGGGAGGAUGGAAAUUCUGAUGAUAUGGAGGAGAAUGGGAGCAGGCAUAGGAGUAAGGACAGGAAGAAGAGUAGCCGAGGGGAGGAGAAGGAUGGGAGGAGUAAGGACCGGGAUAGGUCGAGGAGAAGUGGUGGUGAUGAUGUUGCGAAGGAAAGAGAGAAAGAAUCGAAAGAUUUGGAGAAGGAUCGUGUGUCUAAGGAAAGAAGGAAGGAUGAUAGAGAUGAGCGGUAUAAGGAUAGGAGUAGAGAUAGUAAGGUGAGGGAUAGGGAUUAUGAUCGAGAGAAAGACAGAAAGGAUCGAGGGAAGGAUAGAGAGGUAGAGAAGGAUGGUGAUAAAGGACGAGAUAAGGAGAGGGCGAAAGAGAAGACUAGGGAUAGGGAAAGAGAUAGGGCAAAAGAAAAAGAAAGAGAAAAGGAGAGGGAAAAACAUAAAGAGCGGGAGAAGGGGAGGGAAAGCUUGAAGGAUACAGGUAGGGAGAAGGGGAAAGAUAAAUAUAGGGAAAAGGAGAGGGAGGCAGAUCAAGAUAAGGAUAAAUCAAGAGAUAGACAGAGCAGGAGAAGCGUGGAUGCUUAUGAGUCUAACAAGAUUGGGGAGAGGGAUGAGAGUGCUAAGCUUAAUGAUGAGGAUAACAGGGAUAAGGACAUUAAGAUCUCCUGUGAUGCUGCUAAUGAACAGAAUGCAGAGGGUUUGUCAGGUGGGGCACAUUUGUCAGCAUCCGAGCUUGAAGAACGCAUCCUGAAAACGAAGGAAGAGAGGUUAAAGAAGAAAAGUGAAGACAUUCCUGAGGUUUUAGCAUGGGUUAAUAGGAGUCGUAAGCUUGAGGAGAAAAGGAAGGCUGAAAAAGAGAAAGCUUUGCAGCUUUCAAAGAUCUUUGAGGAACAGGACAAUGUUGGUGAAGAAGAAAGUGAAGAUGAGAAGGCAGCUCAUGAUAUGACUCAUAAUCUAGCUGGGGUUAAAGUUCUUCAUGGCAUCGAUAAAGUGAUAGAAGGUGGCGCAGUUGUUUUAACACUCAAAGAUCAGAAGAUUCUUGCUGAUGGUGACAUUAAUGAAGAUGUUGAUAUGCUUGAGAAUGUGGAACUUGGCGAGCAGAAGCAGCGAGAUGACGCCUACAAGGCAGCAAAGAAAAAAACAGGAAUUUAUGCUGAUAAGUUUAAUGAUGAUCCUACUGUAGAGAAGAAAAUGCUUCCACAAUAUGAUGAUCCUGCUGCAGAUGAGGGGUUAACACUUGAUGCAAGAGGACGCUUUACUGGUGAAGCAGAGAAGAAACUUGAAGAGCUACGUAAGAGGCUACAAGGUGGUUCCACGAAAGUUCGCUCUGAAGAUCUCAAUAUGUCUGGGAAGAUCAUAUCUGACUACUAUACUAAUGAAGAAAUGCUGCAAUUAAAGAAACCCAAGAAGAAGAAAACCUUCAGGAAGAAGGAGAAGCUAGAUCUAGAUGCCCUUGAAGCUGAAGCCAUCUCUGCAGGGCUGGGUGCUGCGGACCUCGGUUCCAGGAAGGAUGCAAACAGGCAGGGCACUAGAGAGGAGCAAGAAAGAUUGGAAGCUGAGAAGAGAAAUAGUGCAUACCAGUUAGCUAAAGAUAGAGCAAAUGAGGCAUCUAAAGCAUUGCGACAGGACACUCUUUCUGUCAAGGCAGAUGAAGAUGAAACUCCUUACUUCGCUGAUGAUUAUGAUGAAAUUGAUAAAGCCUUAGAGAGAUCUAGGAAGAUAGCUCUAAAAAAGAAACAGGAGGAGAUGACUUCCGGUCCAAAUGCAAUUGCUCGCCUUGCCACUGCAGCCGCAAGCAGCACAACUACAGAUGAUCAAUCCUCGUCAGCUGGACAGUCACAGGAAAACAAGGUUGUGUUCACAGAGAUGGAAGAAUUUGUCUUGAGCCUACAGCUUGGUGAAGAAUCCCACCAGCCUGAAAGUGAAGAUGUGUUUAUGCAAGAAGAUGAAGAACCAAAACCUUCUGCUGACGUAGAAAUGGCCGAGCCUAGUGGUUGGACUGAAGUUAACGAAAUUGAAGAGAACAAAGCACAAUCUGCUACUGAUGAUAAGGAGGAGAUAGUUCCAGAUGAAACUAUCCAUGAAGUUGCAGUCGGGAAAGGCUUAUCAGGUGUGCUAAAACUGCUUAAAGAGCGAGGUAAUCUCAAAGAAGGUAUUGAGUGGGGUGGUAGGAACAUGGAUAAGAAGAAGAGCAAACUCUUAGGCAUUGUAGAUGAUGAUGAGGAGCCAAAGGAGACCCAUACAUUGCGUCGGAGAAAGGAUGAACAAAAGGAAACUCGCUCAUCAGGCCAUCAAAAGGAGAUGCGUCCACCUAAAGUCUAUCAGGAAAAAGAUAUUCACAUUGAGAGAACUGACGAAUUUGGGCGAACUUUGACACCAAAGGAAGCCUUUCGGGUACUUUCUCAUUCAUUCCAUGGGAAGGGACCUGGAAAAAUGAAGCAAGAAAAGCGCAUGAAGCAAUACCAUGAAGAGCUCAAGUUGAAGCAGAUGAAGAGCUCAGAUACACCAUCCCACUCUGUGGAGAGGAUGAGGGAAACUCAAGCUCGGUUACAAACACCCUAUCUUGUUCUCAGCGGCCAUGUCAAACCAGGGCAAACUAGUGAUCCCAGAAGUGGUUUUGCUACUGUGGAGAAGGAUCUCCCAGGGGGCUUGACACCUAUGCUUGGUGACAGAAAGGUCGAACAUUUUCUGGGGAUCAAGCGCAAAGAUGAGUCUGAAAGUUCCGGCACUUCUAAGAAGCCAAAAACUUGAAGUAUUUAUUGAUAAUUCGCAAGGUGGCUGAAGUUUUGAUGGCUUGGGAAAUCUCCACAUCUACUCUUCUACUGGCUGUAAAUAAGCUUCAUUUUCGACAAAGGUCUAUGGAGAAAAAUUGAAGGUAGGUUUCGAGUGUUUGACAGUACAAGAAAAAAUAAAUGUUGGUUUCAGUUUCUGAUACUCUUAGUCCACAGAAAACUAUGUCUUGAGCAGGGUUAUUCUAUUUGCUGUCCAAGAAUUUCAUUUCAUCUGAGUCAUUCUUCUGAAUGGGCACUCACAGCCCGAAUAUUGACGCCCUGAAGUCUGUCUCUGGUUCAGGACUCUACAUUGCGGGUGUGAAUGAGUAGAAUUAGCCAUCAAUGUACGGUUCUGAUGGCUUAAUUUGUGUGCCUCACCUGUGAUUUCUAUAUAGUAUUGUUGGUAAAUUUUUUAUAUUGCUGGCGCUGAAGGAAAAAUCUGUUAGGAAGGUAUGUCAUGUAUUAUGAUCAUUAUACAUUGAGCCUAAAUUCUCU